UGAGAUGUCCUACGGCCUCAACAUCGAGAUGCACAAACAGACUGAGAUUGCCAAACGCCUCAAUGCAAUCCUCGCACAGAUCAUGCCGUUCUUGUCUCAAGAGCACCAGCAGCAGGUGGCCCAGGCUGUGGAACGGGCCAAGCAGGUGACCAUGACCGAGCUCAAUGCUAUCAUCGGGGUACGUGGACUUCCCAAUCUGCCUCUCACUCAACAACAGCUCCAGGCGCAGCACCUGUCCCACGCUGCCCAUGGCCCCCCGGUGCAGCUGCCCCCUCACCCCUCCGGCCUACAGCCCCCUGGCCUGCCCCCUGUCACAGGGGCGGGCUCCGGCCUGCUGGCCCUGGGAGCUCUUGGCAGCCAGGCCCACCUGCCUGUGAAGGACGAGAAGAACCACCAUGACCUGGAGCACAGAGAACGAGAAUCCAGCACGAAUAAUUCAGUGUCCCCGUCUGACAGCCUGCGAGCGGCCAGCGAGAAGCACCGCGGUUCCUCCGACUACGGCCUUGACUCUAAGAAGCGCAAAGUGGAUGACAAAGACAGUAUGAGUAGAUAUGACAGCGACGGGGACAAGAGUGAUGACCUGGUGGUGGACGUCUCCAAUGAGGACCCGGCCACCCCUCGGGGCAGCCCGGCUCACUCACCUCCAGAGAACGGCCUGGACAAGACCCGAAUCCUGAAGAAAGACGCCGCCCCUAACAGUCCCGCCUCCGUGGCCUCCUCCGGGAGCACGCCCUCGUCCAAAGCUAAGGAUCACCCCCAUAACGACAAGUCAUCCACACCCAGCUUGAAAUCCAACACGCCUACCCCCAGGAACGAAGCCCCCACCCCGGGCACUAGCAGCACCCCUGGGCUCCGGCCCCUCACCAUGGGCAAGCCCCCCGGCAUGGAGGCACUGGCUGCCCCAGCCCUACGCACCCCCCUCUCCAUUGCUGGUUCCUACGGGCCCUUUGCCAUGAUGGGGCACCACGAGAUGAACGGUUCCCUCACCAGUCCAGGGGUGUACCCAGGUCUCAUCUCCCCACAGAUGAGCGCUGCUGCGGCGGCGGCCUACGGACGCUCACCCAUUGGAGGCUUUGACCCACACCCCCACAUGAGAGCCCCUGGCCUGCCUGCCAGCCUCACCUCCAUUUCAGGGGGGAAACCAGCCUAUUCCUUCCACGUGAGCGCGGAUGGGCAGAUGCAGCCGGUGCCUUUUCCUCCGGACGCUCUGAUAGGCCCGGGCAUCCCGCGUCACGCCCGCCAAAUCAACACACUGAGCCACGGAGAGGUGGUGUGUGCGGUGACCAUCAGUAACCCCACUCGCCACGUUUACACUGGGGGCAAGGGCUGCGUCAAGAUCUGGGAUAUCAGCCAACCGGGCAGCAAAAGCCCUGUGUCCCAGCUCGACUGUCUGAACCGGGACAACUACAUCCGCUCGUGUAAGCUGCUGCCAGACGGCCGCACCCUGAUCGUUGGAGGAGAGGCCAGCACCCUAACCAUCUGGGACUUGGCUUCCCAGACGCCACGCAUCAAGGCGGAGCUCACGUCCUCUGCGCCCGCCUGCUAUGCUCUGGCCAUCAGCCCUGAUGCAAAAGUGUGCUUCUCCUGCUGCAGCGAUGGCAACAUUGCAGUGUGGGACCUGCACAACCAGACCCUAGUCAGGCAGUUCCAGGGCCACACGGAUGGGGCCAGCUGCAUCGACAUCUCCCACGACGGGACCAAGCUGUGGACCGGGGGUCUGGACAACACUGUGCGCUCCUGGGACCUGAGGGAGGGUCGACAGCUGCAGCAGCAUGACUUCACCUCACAGAUCUUCUCUCUGGGCUACUGUCCCACGGGCGAAUGGCUGGCCGUGGGCAUGGAGAGCAGUAACGUCGAGGUCUUACACCAUACCAAACCAGACAAGUACCAGCUGCACUUGCACGAGAGCUGUGUGCUGUCGCUCAAGUUUGCCUACUGCGGGAAGUGGUUUGUGAGCACAGGGAAGGACAACCUGCUGAACGCCUGGAGGACCCCGUAUGGCGCCAGUAUCUUCCAGUCCAAGGAGUCGUCGUCCGUCCUGAGCUGCGACAUCUCUGCAGACGACAAAUACAUUGUAACAGGCUCUGGAGACAAGAAGGCCACAGUGUACGAGGUCAUCUACUGAAGCUGAUCCACCCGACUUCCUCUUGACCUCCACCUCGUCGUCUGCUGACCUCCUCCUGACCUCCUCCUAACCUCCACCUCCUCCUCUCCUGACCACCUCGUCUGCCGACGUCCUUUGGCCCUUUCUGACCUAUGGAUUUAUUUGAACUGUUUCUCAUCUCGUCAAUGGAGCAGCGCUUCAUUUCUUACAAACCUCGUGUCCAGGUUGAAAAGUCUGUGAAAAGUGUACAUAUUGGAUCACAUCAAAGACCUUUUCUAUAUAUGAUAAAGUCUAUAUAUUUUCAUGUCCUGGAUGUAUCGUGCUGACUGGUCCUUCCUCUCUUUAGCCAGACCUCGGUGGAAUCUUUUUAAACUGUGUGGAUUUCUAGGACUACGUUUUUAAAGGGCGCGCAGGAUGUUUGGUGGGAUCUUAUUUUUGAAAUGGCCUUUUGUCGCCGUGCUUUUACUUGAUGACGGGUGUUGCGUUUCAGGAGCAGAAGGGGGCGCUGUCUACCUGACCCAUGGAUGUACAUUUAAAUGGUCUAUACAAAGGUUUUACAGUGUACUACAUGUCCUGCUCAGUCUUGCGUCUCUUUCUUAUGGACUCGGAUUGCUUUCGGAACACGGGGACAUUUGAUGUUGACCCUUGACCUCGGCUGAUUGCUAGAGGCUAACCGCUGCUUGCUAACUGGACUGGAGCCAAGCGGUGCUCUGUGGGUCUUCUUGUGAUUCUUGGAUACAGCCAUGGCCCCAUCAGCCCUGGGUACCUGACCCCAACUUCCCUCAUCUUAGCCCCAUCCUCUUUCUGGUAGCCGCCAGGUCAACUGAAGCUGUGUGAAAAGUGGCAGAAAGUGCCUGCCCAGACGAAAACCACACCAAAGUAUAACGCUGUUAGCAUACAGAGAUGUACAGUUGUUUAAUAAAUCAAUAAAUGUUUUUGUAGAAA